AGGUGGCGGUAGAUCUUCGGUGACCGUGAACAACACCAACAACAAUAAUGACCAUCCUAAGGCGCCGGAGAGGAAUUCUGACCCGCUAUUCGUGGAGACGUGUAAUCGGAAAUCAAUGGACGUGAAGCGGGCCGCUAUCAUCGGGAACCCUAUGUUCGCGUUCGAUCCCUCGGCCGCACCCGGUGACCAGAAGAUCCAGAACGCGGGCGGCGGCGACACGAUCAAACUCGACGAUCUCAACCUCGGCAUGGACUACAAACAGCUGAUGGAGUAUUUCGACAACCUGAAAGAGUCGAACGCUUGAUCUUCCGUGACAGCGUCAAUGGCGGUGUGAUGAUCAACAUCGUCGUCCCUCACCCACUCCGUUACCGCAGUAACCAGUAACCAUCGCGCACACACCCACGCACAUUUACUCGCCGUCACUCGUAGCGCACGCGUGAUCCCUUAUGCCCCUGUCCUCGUCCCCGUCUCCUCCCUCGUCCCCUGUCCUCGUGCACAAGAAGUCAAUUAAUUCAAAUGGUUGUCAAGAUAUAAAUACACUUUGUACGGAACGAACUAUCGUUGUAGCCGUGAUCUACGGUUGACGUCGGAAAAAAAAUCCUACACGUCAUUCGAUUAGUAUUAGUAAUAGUUUGCGACGUAGUCGUAGAUUUAGUCGUUUUCCAUGUACGGUUGUGACGUAAAUCCUCAUUACGACAAAUCGACUGUUUACACUCUAAUUUUGGUUGUUUCCGGUUGUUCGAUGCACAACGGUAGUACGUCCUUAUGAUCACGAUUGUAGUCGUGCGAACACUUCACGGCGUCUAGUCGAUAAACUAUUAGCCUCUGAUGCAACUAUUAUUGUAAAUGUGUACAACUGUCUUUUUAAAAUAUAUUUAUAUAAUCUGUUUACACGUUUCUAAAUCUAUCGGCUUAAGAUUUAUUUCUCAGAUAUACAAUUACUAUUCUCUCGAGAAAAAAAAAACUAUUACAUAAUAUAUAUAUAAUAUUAUUAUUAUAUAAUAUUAUCUUUUUAAACGAGCUUUAUAGUGAGUUUACAACAUUAAAAAUAUCCAUUGACUUGUUCCUGAUUUUCUAAAUUGUUGUUAUAAGUAUUAGAAUCGCAAUAAUAACUGAAUCCAAUGCAUAAAAUA